CGCAACAAUUUCCCAUAUAAAUCUUGGCGAAAUUUCCCUUGGGCAAAGGGUACAGUUCUAGAGCCCAUUAAUUCUAUGACAGAACCCAAUAAGCUUCAGUUUUACGCAGGGUUAGGGCCCUUCAGCCGCCUAUUAGUGCCUGGGACCCGAUGACGUUUAAUGCAGACGCCAUGUUUUUUUAAAGAGCUAUGAAAAUGAAAGGUAACAGUAGUGGAAGGUAAAGAAGAGCAUAUCAAAAACAUGGGAAAUAAAAAAAGAAACCUCAGCGCGCGUGUUUACUUCUGACAUUCUCCAUCUCCUUCUCUCUCCAGCGACUUUACUAUUGGCAUUUGUUAUUUACCACUCUUCAGAGUGUACAGUAUUUGUUUUCUGCUGGUCGCACUCUCCCCACCCAUUCUACUAUGCUAUUGUGCAGUAACCGUUAUUCUUCGGAAAGAGCGGUAGGACAGGACUUGACUUGGUGUGAGCUUGUAUCUGAGUAGGGUUUCCCAUUCCUCUGAUUGUCGUGUGUUGUGCUACUGCUUGCUGCAAGGAAAGUGGAGAGUGAAUUUUUAUUUCAUAUCAAGUGUGUAAGUUAUACCUGGGAUCGAUCCAUGGAAUCAUCUGCGAUGCAUAACUAGCGCGUUACGCAUUGAACUGUUGAGGUGAUUGGGAUCGAAUCAGUUAGUUGCCCAAUAUUAAUUUACGCUUUUCACUCACAGACAUCAUGCGUCGUUGGAAAACUGUCGAAAGUGCAACAGCAACGCGUGCAUCUAUGGACAACUGCAUUGAAACUUCAUCGACGAUUGAUGCACCACUUAUGCAUAACAACGAAAAAAGUGCAAAAAUUAUUACACUUACCACAUCUAGUGCAGAAAACAAUGUAAAUCUAAACCAUUGCAAUAGUUCUGUGCGGAUAAUAACAUCUCCCAUCACACCGAAAAUUGUGCCUGGCAUUGUAGCAAUAGUUCCACCACCCCCGGUACCAAUAACUCCAACACGUAGUGCAUUGAUAGUUUCUUCUACAUCAACUACUAUGGAACAACAAAAUAGAUCGACUGAAUCAACCCAAUCCUUUUUGGCACCAUCUACAUCAUCGACAAAUUCAUUAUAUUUCGAUGGCAAAGAAAACCAACGACGAAACUACACCGAACACAGUUAUGCUUCCGGAGUGUUGGGAAAAAACAAUUUUCCUUCAGCGACAGACGAUUCGGCUACAAAUUCUCGUUCUAAUAUGCAGGAAAAUCAAAUGCUAGAAAAGAUACUUAAAAAACUAGAGAAUAUUGAAGUUAAAGUAGACUGUCUAUUAGAUCACGUAUGUUGUAGUAACACCACCGUUAGACGGAUUAAUUUUGAGUUUACUCAAAUAGAUUGUUUAGAAAACUUUCAACAAUUUAAUGAUAAACUUGGACAGGAUCCAAUUUUCUACAAUAGCGGAAUUGAAUGGCUUAGCAUAAGAGUCACAGAACAAGACUUGGAUAAUCGAAUGCACGAAGCAUUAGAUCUCCUCUUCGAUCGUCAUUUUUUUAGCACAUGUAGCUGGAGUGGCAAAGGUAAGACAGACAAAAAAAUAGCACUAAAAGAGUACAGUAAUUUUAUUAAUUUUUUCAAAUCUUUUGCCGGAAAUAAGUUUCAAAUGCCAACAGAUGAUUGUGUUAAAACAUUUUUUCUAAAAAAGUUAUCCCACGGAGUAGCUAGAGCUAAGGCGCAAGGAAUUAGAAAAACAAGCUGCCACAAAAAAAGGCGCUUAUAAAUGAUGAUUAGUUCCACCCCGCA